CGGCAGUAUCGCGCAUUUCAUCAUUCCAUCAUUCCCCCGACUUCGUCUACUUGCCAAUUGCCAACUUACGAUCCCAAAGUCACCUCGAAGAGAGGAGAAAAUCAGCAUGUCCUUCCUACGCUUCACCCCCACGGCAGCCCGCCGCCUCGCCACGCCCUCCACCUUCGGCUCCAAAUCCAGUCUUUCCGAGACCUUGGCCCUGCUACCGCCGCUGCAGCUCUACCGUCGCAUUCUCCGCGUGCACCGCAAGAAACUCGAUCCGGAGAUGCGGAUUCUGGGUGAUGGCUAUGUAAAGAGUGAAUUCCGGGCUCAUCGGAAUGUGGAUAAUCCGUUGCAUAUUAUUGGUUUCCUCACGGAAUGGCAAUUAUAUGCGCAGAAAUUGGAGGGAGAUGCGUGGAUUGGGGAGAAGUUGGAUAAGAGUAAAUUGGAUAAGAUGAGUGAUCAGCAAAUUGGGCAGCUGUAUGAGCUUAUGCAGGCGAUUCAGAAUAAGGAUGGGGAGGGAGAGGGAGAGGGUGGAGAGAAGCAAUGAUUGUGAUAGAUGUUUAAGAAGGGGGGUAGAGAUAUAUGUUGGAUACCCUGUGAUAAGUAACUGUAUGAUAUGGUUUUUAGUUGAUGGAUUGUGUAGAAUAUGUAUAUAGAGGUAAAUGAGAUGGUUGUAGAGGGUAUCACUGAUGAUAAGGAUCG